AAGAGAGGUAAUAGAAAUAGGCACAUGAAGGACCACAUAUUUAUGAGAGCGAAGGAUAGAGGAUAGAACAUAGGAAAGUGGAUGUAAGUGAGAGCCAUGAAGGGUUAUGAGCCCCGUUCAAGCUCUUCAUGUGCAGCUUGCAAGUUAUUGAAGAGAAGAUGCAUACCCAAUUGUAUUUUUGCACCGUACUUCAGGUCUGAUGAGUGCAAGAAGUUUGCCAAGGUGCACAAGGUAUUUGGAGCGAGCAAUGUGAGCAAGAUCCUGAUUGAAGUGCCAGAGGAGCAGAGAGAGGACACGGUGAAUUCUCUGGCAUAUGAGGCUGAGGCAAGGCUGAGAGAUCCGGUUUAUGGAUGCAUUGGUGCCAUAGCUCUGUUGCAAAGGAAGAUGGUGGAGCUUCAACAUGACCUGGCCAUUGCCAAGGAUCGUCUUGCUCGUUGUCAUGCUACUGCUUGUGCUGCUGCUACCAUCCCUUCUCCUGAUAUCUUGCAUGCACAUGUUAGCUUGCCCCCAUUCCCUGACUUUUCCACUAGCAGCGAUUUCAAUGAUAUCUUCUGCCACAGUUCUUCAUCUCAAUUAUUGAGCCGACAUGAAACGGUGGAUGAUUUCAAUCAAAUCCCAUAUAUAUUUUAAUGUUAUGUAUGCUAAUGCAUGUUAUGGUCCCCUUUUGAAUGUACUUGUUAUGAGUCUUCUCAAUUCUCAUCAAUCAAGAGCAGCUACCAUGUGUCGUAUGUGCCUGCUAAUGAAUAAGAACUACUCCAGAAAACUCUCAACAAAAAAUGUAUUAUUGUUUUGUGUUGAUUGUUGAAUUUCACGGAUCCUACGCUGCUAUAGCAGCUAGGAACUGGUGGAAAAUGAUGGGUAUGAUGGCCUUUUUAGUUUCACUUUUGUAAUAGCAGGUUAGCUAAUAUAGCAAUAGGAUUUUCCUUGUUGCUGCUUUCUCUUUCUAGCCUGCCUAACUUUGCAAAGUGACCAUAAAAUUCAUGUUCUGAUCAA